UGAUAUGAAACUAUUCGGUGGCCCGUAGUUAAAUCUGCGGGUUCGCCCGUUCUUUAUGUAACGUAUUUCGUGUGCCUCGCUAAUCUGGUAUCAUUUCACGCAAUAUUAAAGAGAUUUUUGUACUGUAUUUUUAUGCCUCCACGCGAUCAAUAAGCUGUUCCGCGUAGAUUAUUCUUGGUAAGUAGAAACCAGGCUUAGUGGUAUAUUAUGAAAAAUAACAUACUUGGCUAAAGUUUGUUUUAUUUUAAGAACUUUUUUAUAAGGAAGGAAGGAGGCGAACACGCAGAAAUUUAAUAAAUCAUGUUUUUGUUUCAGGUUUAUGUCGUACUUUUAAAUGUUAACUUCAUUUGGACGGCAUGUGAACGCAGAAUAAACUCACCGACUUGUCUGUUUACUACUAAUUUACCGGUAAACGAAACUCAAAGUCAUUGUUCGGGCACUCGUUGCAUGCCUGCUGUUGGGAAUGGCUACAUCGCAACGUUUAUUAUGAGCGAUGAACUUCACGUUGGUGGUGUUUAUAACGGUGACGCUAAUGUUAGGCCGAGUUGGUACUCAGCAAGUAAUACGUACUCAAAAGAUAAAAAAUUAUCAAGUUGGCACGAUAAACGUAAGAAGAUUACUAAUAUCUACGCUUUGCCAAGGAAUUACUAUUUAAACCAUACACACAGAGCACGGAUACCCAGCACAGUGGCUAUUAAUUUUACUCUUAAUCAGAGCGGUGUUCGAAGUUUUGCGCUUGAUGUGCAACAUGGUGUGUUUCAGCAAUGGUUCGAUAACGACAACGUAAACAUCGAGCAGCGAGUGUAUGCACACAGAGAUUUAAAAAACGUUAUUGUUAAUGACAUUUCAGUUCUAUCCAACAUAUCAUUUGACUUGCAGCUGUCAAAUAAUUUUGGCAAUAAAACUGUAGAUAUUAACUUCGCACCAUAUGGAUGUUCGUUGAAUGAAUCAAAUUGUCCUUAUAAGGCAAUAGUCGGUAAAAUAAAUCAAACAGAGAUUGCUAAUAUUUCUAAAACGGAAGUUGCCGUUGUUUGGAGCAAAAUUCCACCAGUUGUGCGCAUCAACAAUUCAAAAUCACUUCAAGUUUUUAGAUUUACAACAGUUAUCUACACUUCUUUGGAAGUAGACAAUCCAAUCCAGUCCGCGUUGAAACUUUGGCAAGAAGUCUCUCAACGUAAAGAUCUCUAUACACAACAUAAAAAGGCUUGGAAGAACUUAUGGAAAAAUGCGAAUAUAUCAUUGGCAGGAAAUUUGUACUUAUCACAGACGAUAUAUUCCAGUUUGUAUAACAUUUUAUCAUCGCUACGAGUGGAUUGGAAGCAUGGCUUAAGUCCUGGAGGUUUAGCAGGAGGGGAGGAAUACUUUGGACAUGUAUUUUGGGACCAAGAUAUUUGGAUGUAUCCGCCAUUACUAAUGUUGUUUCCAAAUCUUGCAAAAACUUUACUCGAGUACCGAUUUAAUAGGCUAACGGCAGCCGAAAAUAUUGCAAAGAAAUAUGGUUUUAAAGGCGCAAUGUUUCCUUGGGAGAGUGCACUGACUGGGUACGAAGUAUGUCCAUUCGAGGUGUACGGAAGAAAUGAAAUCCAUAUAACAGGAGAUAUUGCAUUUGCUGUGAACCAAUACUAUCUUGCUACAGGUGAUUUGGAGUGGAUGAAACAAUACGGAUUUCCAAUUAUACUCAAAACAGCACAAUUCUGGGCAUCUCGUGUUGUGUAUAAUAAACCAGAUGAUGUGUAUGUUAUUAAUGACGUCAUGCCUCCAGAUGAAUAUCAAUAUCCAGUUAAUAAUUCAUUUUACACCAAUGUAAUUGCUAAAUUGAACAUUGGUCUAGCAUUGAAGUUUGGACCUUUGGUUGGGCAAAAAAUACCAUCAGCUUGGAAAGAUAUUGAGCAGAAGAUAUAUUUGCCUUAUGAUAGCAAACUAGACUAUCAUCCAGAGUUCGAAGGAUUUGAUGUGACGAGGGCAGGAAGUGUUGUGAAGCAAGCCGACGUUAUUCUUGCCAAUUUUCCUUUAAUGUUCCCAAUGAGUGCAUCAACGAAGAAGAACGAUCUUAUAUUUUACAAAAAUGUCACAACGCUCAACGGACCGGCCAUGACUCACUCUAUGUUUACAAUAGGAUGGCUAGAAAUUGGGGAUAUAAACCAAGCUGUGGAAGCGUUUGGAAGAAAUUAUGAUAAUAUACAAGGGCCGUUUAAAAUGUGGAGUGAAAUCCGACAUGGACGUGGAGCCAUAAAUUUUAUUACGGCAGCCGGCGGAUUUCUUCAGUCUCUUAUGUAUGGUUACGCUGGGGUAAGAUCUAAACCUGACGGCUUACAUUUCAACCUACGUGUACCUCCAAACUCCACACAGUUUGAUCUAAACGGAAUAAAGUACAAUGCGUUUUCGAUAAGACUCAGUGUAAGUAACAGCAAAUCCGGUCAAGAUUGCACUGUGGAUGUCUUAAAAGAAGCACCUAGCGGAUAUCUGUACGUGGGGAUUGAUAAGCAACAUUUAAAACAGGUAGUUAAAGAAAAGCCUGCUCAUGUGUGCAAGGGAAUAAUUGUCCACAAACUGCAUGGUUCCAAAUCGUUCUCUUUAUCGAACUCGGCUAGUGUCUUACACAUAGCGCUUGCAUAUGUAUUUUGUUGUUGUUUAUUCUGAUUCAACUUUGCCAUUUUUUAGUUGGAAGAAAUCUUGAAUAACCAGUUAAGUAGGCGCCUGUUAGAUUUAUGAUAACAACUAGUUUUCCUAUUGAUUUUUUUAAAAAAGUAUAUUAAAUUGAAAGGUUUAUUGUUGUAUAAAGUUAGAAGUUAAAAAAAUUGAACAGUAGAACAAUGAUAUACGAUUGCGCAUGCGCAAAUUUAAAAAUCGGAUAAAAACUUAUAAGAAUGAUUUAGAUGACAUUUAAGGCAUCGAAAAUUCAAAAAGGGAAGAAAUAAAUAGGUAUUUCUGUCAAAGAGUUUCAACAAGCUCUAUAAACGGUUAGGUACGAGUUGUACCCAGGCUUCUACUUUUUUAUUUCUGUACUUAGACCUUUUUUAUAUAUUCUUCUUUGUGAUCAUAAUUUUGUUUAGUUAUUAGGAGCCAAAAAAACAACAUUUGUCGUUCAUUUGUGUCAAUCAUUAUUUUACAAGAUUUUACAGGCUCAGUACAAAAAUUAAAUCUUAAUAUCAAAAAAGUUGACUAACGAAUAAAGAACACAAAACAACCAAAAGUGUGAACCUUUUUCAAGUAUGUAUCCUAAUAAAAACAAAGAAUAAGAAAUAGUGUUUUGUAAUGGUAUUUGUUUAAGUUAGUAAGGAAAAUGUGACAACUCUUUGAAAAAAACGUUAAUAUGAUUAAACUUUUGUAGAAAUUUAUUUGUUUGUAAAGUCUAUUUUGCCGACCGUUUAAUUUACAGACCAGAUUAUUUAGUUAAAUUCUCCUGACAUAAAUAUUUUUGUUUUUAUUUUUUGGAAGAGAAAACAAAAAAAAACAAGUUUUGCGAAUAUUAAUUUUAGCAAAUAUGUAAUUUAUUUUUGGGAUUUCACCUUUCAGGCGUGGUCAAAUUUUUGCGAAUAUGGAUAAAUUUUGCGAAAGUCGAGGAAUUAAUCUCCGCAAAAAUAAAGUAAUUUUACCAAAAAAAAGGAAAGCAUGUCGAAUUGAAUGUUGAGGUAUCUUUAUCAGUGCAUAGUACACAGAGAAAACGCAUAAGUUUUCUAUUAGAAAUUUCUAAAAUGACUAGGAAAUUUAAUGUCGCCAAUUUGAAUUUCCUAGCUCUCCUGGAUGUAAGUUUGAAGUCAACAAAGCUGACGAGUUCACUUUUCAGGGCAUAGCAUAGAAUUCGCUUUAUAUCUACUUGUGGCUCAAUGUUAUUUUAUGUUCCUGUGACAAGACCCCCCGAAAAGCCAUGUAUGGAUUAAAACGUAUUAAAUAGAGGCUUAAGUACUUUUUUAGCCGACACCAUCAGGACCUCAAAAAAGUGCCGGCUAUAGAGAGGUGUCCGCUACAUAGAGGUUCUUCCCCAAAGAAGCUCAAAUUUUUUCAAAAACCAUCCCGGGGCUAUUAUUUCGUAUUGCAAACCCUGCAAAUUUUCGUUUUUAUGGUCCUGAAAAAUUAUUAAAUUAUAAUGUAAAACAUUGACUUAAGUAAAUAUAAACAAAUCUUCUUUACAAAAAAUUGUUUUGUAUGACCCAUUCUUAAGCCUGUCCGCUGUAAACCGGUCAGUACCAUGGGGUAAUGUAAAUCGGGACCUUGAAAUGAUGUCUGUUAUAUAGAGGUGCCUGCUAUGAAGUGUCCGCUACAAUUAGGUUUUGUGAUGAAAGUUUGACCGUCGUUUUAUC